AUGUCAACCCAACUGCUUCUAGCCUGGCCGCUCGGUCUUGCCCCGACCGCUUCUUGCGCCCGAUGUGCAAGACGCCGCCCGCUCGGCAGCGCCCCCAGCCGCCGGCUCGCGCUGCACCCGCCGGGCUCCGCCCCCGCAGCCCUCGGGAUCAGCCCCGGCCGCCACCCACCCCCUGCGUCCCCGCCGCCCAUGGCUCCGCCCCGGCCGCCGCCAAGCGCCUUCCACGCCGCCCUCGGGCUCAUCCCCGACCACGGCAUCCCUACUGCCCACGGGCUCUACCGCCCUCAGUCCCACCCGCCGCGUCCCCGCCGCCCCCGGGCUCCGCCCCGACCGCCGCGGAGCGCCUUCCACGCCGCCCCCGGGCUCAUCCCCGACCGCCGCCGAGCGCCUUCCACGCCGCCCUCGGGCUCAUCCCCGACCGCCGCAUCCCUGCUGCCCACGGGCUCCACCCCCGCCACCGCCGCCAUCCUCGCUGCUGAGCGCCGUCUGCGAAAUUGUUCCGAUUAUUCCAGUCCAAUUAGUGGUCUAGGAAAAACGUGUGAGCCCCAGUAA